AGCCGUUGGGGAGGCCAUCGAGGGGCCGCCACAGCCGUGCCCGGCGGGGCCUCGUUGCACAGCCGAGCGGCAGCUUCCCCGGGGGCCCGCGGCCACUGUCCCAUGGUCUGCUGAGCGCGGUGCCAUGCGUCGGCAAGUCCUCCUGCUGCUGACCCUGCUGACCCUGCUGGGCCCCGGCCGCAGCCUCCGGCUGGUGCACGCCGAGGGCUCCCUCGACCCUCCGGCUGCCCGGGCUCGGAGACAGGCCCCCGUGGAACAUGACGAUGAGGACUAUGUUGAGGAAGACACGGACCCUCCAGAAGUCCUUGACAAAGCGUUGGCCACCACCCACCACCCUACCCCUGUGACUGAGCUGAGAACCCAGGGACGGGGGGACCCCGCAGGGGCUCGAACUCAGGAACCGGAGCCUUCAGGGGCAGCCAGCAGCCAGGACGCAGGAGGAGCAGACGCGAAGAACGUGAGCAGCCAGGAGCCCCCUCCUGUGCAGGUGCAGCCCACCCCAGAGGCCCCGCCCACCAAGGAGCCCCCACCCGCCGCGGAGGCCCCGCCCACCACCCCGGAGGCCCCACCCACCACCGCGAAGCCCCCACCCACCACGGAGGCCCCACCCACCACCAAGGAGGCUCCACCCACCACGGAGGCCCCGCCCACCACCAAGGAGGCUCCACCCACCAAGGAGGCCCCGCCCACCGCAAAGGAGGCUCCACCCACCACGGAGGCCCCGCCCACCGAAACCACGCCCUCCGAAACCACGCUCACUACCGCCGAGGCCCGGACCACAGGACCCACGGCCACAAAGGUCCUGCCCGAUGGCCGGGCUAUCCGAGAGACGCUGUCUACUAAACUUCCUGCCGUGGCAGACCCUCCCACGGAGUCCACUACCACCAAAGUCCAGACCGCACUUCCUGCAGCCCCCGGGGACCUCACCCCCGCGGCAGGGGGCGAUUUCUUCCGCCAGAAGAACGGGACCAGCGCGAUGCCUGGGAGCUCGGCGACCCCCGGCGCCACGAAGGCCUCGGACCACAUCCCCGUGAAGCAGUGCCUGCUGGCCAUCCUCAUCCUGGCCCUGGUGGCCACCGUCUUCCUGGUGUGCACCGUGGUGCUGGCUGUGCGCCUGUCCCGCAAGACCCACAUGUACCCGCUGCGCAGCUACUCGCCCACCGAGAUGGUCUGCAUCUCGUCCCUGCUGCCCGAGGGCGGCGGCGGCGGCGGCGGCGAGGGCUCGGGGACCGCGGCCAACGGGGGUCCGCCCACGGGCAAGAGAGCAGACUCCAAGGCGAAGCCCGGGGAGGAGCGUGAGGACGACGACCUCACCCUGCGCAGCUUCCUGCCUUAGCCCCAUCCCGCUCUCCCGUGCCAUGCGCCUACCCAUGCACGUCCAUGCAUCUGCCCAUACGCGCGUCCACAUGUCCACGCGUCCAUGCAUAUACCCAUGCACGCGUCCAUGUGUCGACACACGUCCAUUUAUCUACCCAUGCGCGCAUCCACGUGUCCACACGUCCAUGCAUCUGCCCAUGCACGCGUCCACGUGUCCACACGUCCAUGCAUUGCAUGUGUCCAUGUGUCCACGCGUCCAUGAUCUACCCAUACACACAUCCACAUGUCCACGCGUCCAUGCAUCUGCCCAUGCACGCGUCCACGUGUCCACACGUCCAUGCAUUGCAUGUGUCCAUGUGUCCACGCGUCCAUGAUCUACCCAUACACACAUCCACAUGUCCACGCGUCCAUCCGUCUACCCAUGCACGCGUCCAUAUGUCACGCAUCCGUGCCUCUGCCCAUCUACAUGCCCAUAUGUUCCCCCGCCCACCCAUCUGUGCGUCCAUUCAUGUGCCCUAUGUCCACCCAUCCAUGCAUCUGCCUGUCCAUGCGCCCACCCCGUCAUGCACCCACGUGUCCAACCUGAGCAGGACCUGACCUCCUCACUCCCUCUGCAGAGUCUGGGACUAACCGUGGGCUCCCGUCCACAGGCCUGGCUUUCCAGGGAGCCCGCUGGGAUUGAGAUCUGGAGGACAGGAACAGUGGCCAUCCCACCUGGUACUGAGACCAGCAAAGCGUCGUGCUGUAGAGUACGUCUGGCCAGUGGCACCUUGUUUUCCUUCCUGCCUCUUGUGUCCAGUCUGUGCUGGCCUCUCAGCGCUGUCUCCCUCCUCCUGGAGCACCCAGGGAACACCCGGGCUUGUCUCCCCCCCACCCCCUCACUGCCAUUCCUUUGGGUCCUCAGAGUCCCCGCACAGGAAGUGGGCCUGGGGGCAGACGGGCCUACCCCUGGGGUCUUUUCCUGUGGCGCCUCCAUGUGGGGCAACUUGGGCACCUCUCUGAGGGUCCGAGCCGAGGCCCGGGCUGGACUUGGAGGGCCCACAGACUCUUCGCUGGAGCUGUGGAGAAGAAUGAACGACCAUCGGUGACAGAGAGACCCAGGCACCCUUUCUUGCUUCCGCGCGGUCCACAUUUGGGUGGGCUCUGCCUGGCUUGAUGAAGGACAGACUUCCCAGGCCAGAGCCCGGUCCAGUCUGGACAGGUACUAAACGUGGCCACCGAAGGAGGCUGAGUGCCCGGAGGUCUGAAGGCACCUCCUUCUGGUGAGUGGGGGGCCCUGCUCCCUCCACACCCCCUCAGGACGCUCCCUGCGAGCUCCUUCAAAUGCCAUCUCUUGGAUGGCAGCGCCAGCAUAGUCUGUCUUGAGUGGCCUCUCUUGGACAGUGUCUGGUUUAGGCUUAGAGUCUCAGACUUAUAAUAAUUAUAUAAUAGUUAUAAUAUAAUAGAAUAGUCUAAGUCUACGUAAGUCUUUUGGGGACAGAACUGCAGACCAACUUCUGUACUGCUGAUCUACGCCCUCUGCAAUGCCAAGACCAUCCUUCUAGAAGCCUGCCAGGUCCUCCAUCCCCCACUGGGCCUGUCGCCUAAUAACUACCUUUUAUUUUUGCUUUUUGGGUCACACCUGGCAAUGCACAGGGGUUACUCCUGGCUCUGCACUCAGGAAUCACCCCUGUCAGUGUUCAGAGGACCAUAUGGGAUGCUGGGAAUCGAACCCGGGUCGGCCUCAUGCAAGGCAAACAAAACACCCUACCCGCUGUAUUAUUGCUCCAACCCCUAAUAACCACCUUUGUACCCCUUUUAGGAGUGUAACUAUGCCAUUAUUAGAGGAGUGUAACUAUCUGAUAUUUAUCAGAGGAGUGUAACUGCAAUUUAUCACAGGUGUGUAACUAUCUGCAAUCUAUCACAGAUGUGUAACUGCAAUUUAUCACAGGAGUGUAACUAUCUGUAUGCUAGGACAGGAGUGCAACUAUCUGUAAGCUACGACAGGAGUGUACCUAUAUGCAACCUGUGAUGGAGUGUAAUAUCUGUAACCUAUGAAAGGAGUGUAAUCUGUAAUCUAAACGAGUAGGUCACUUGCCUUGCAUGCAGCAGACCCAGGUUCAAUCCUUGGCAUUUUAUAUGUUCACCUGCCUACUGCCAGGAGUGAUCCCUAAGAACGGAGCCUGGAGUCAGCCCUGAGCACUGCCCGGUGUGAACCCUCCCCCAGUAAAAUAAAGUAAAUGUUGACAUUC